AUGGGCUUCUUCCAGAACAAGAUGUCCCGGAACGGUAAUGUCCGGGACGCUCUGGCGAAGCUUCGAACGAGGCACAAUGCUAUCAUUGAACGAAGGAAAACCGAACGCGAAGCCGCAAAAGCAGACAAGGCAUCCACGCUUGCUAGUUCUUCUUCUCCUUCUUCUUCUCCUGCUGGAAGCGUAAUUGGCAGGAAUAGCUUGGCGGAACUCGAUUCUGUGUGUCCCAGACAGAGUAACAAUUCAAGUGUGGCGGAACUCGAUUCGGUUUGUCCCAAGAGUCCCUCCAAAACUAAAUCUGCCACCAAAACUGCUUCUAAAAGUACCAAAAGUAAAAGCAGUACGACCAACAACAACACCACCAACAACAAGAUACCUUCGGUUGCGGAAUGGUUGCUUUGGGGAGAUGACGAAUCCGUGAAAGUUCCUCAGACUCCUCAACCCAAUCACACCACCAGACGAGUGAAUACUAAACCAACAAAUAUUAGUGCUAAUCUUCCUCUGCAACGAGGAUCCUCUGCCUCGCCGGUUGCCUCCAAGCGCUCUCCACAAGUCGAAAGGAUGAUUCCUGCAAUCUCCGAGAGUCACAGCUUUGACAACAGCCAACUCGACAGUCACUUUUACUCGGAAUUCACGGACGAUUACACCGUCGAUGAUUCCUUGGCAGACGUGACCCUGGCAUCCAGCAAGGAACCUGGUCUCUUUGCGCAUGGUCUCAUGGCUGUGGGAGAACUCUUCACCGGUGCCCCCUCCACUCCUGCAGCGACUCCUUCUCCGCAACGAAGGAGGAAAUCCUCUCGCAGUCCUCGAAGGAUUGACGAAGGAGACGAUGAGUCCGAUGUUGACGAGGAGUCGACUCAAGCCUACAGUACCUACGCCAAGGACGAUUCAUGUCUGACUGGAAAAUACGCUCGUGAUGAUCAGUCGGCUACCACUGCCACCACAGCUUCCUCCUCGCCUUCUGCUGGCUUCGAUGCUGUCCCUCCAACGUCGCGUUGGAAUGGUCGACGAAAUGCUCCAGUCAAGUACCACAACAUGACCAAUGUCAACAUCAUUGAAUCCUUUGGUAUGGAAGUCGAAAUGUCACUGGAAACGGUGACUCGCAUCGAGAUCUAA